AAUCUGCGUCUCCAAAUUAAGGUUAGAAAUAUUUGCAACCUAUUGGAAAAACGCAAUCUAGGAACUUUGAAAAAGAAUAGUUGCGGCGCCAAGAAUCUUUGAUAACAAAGUGUAGAAAACUGUCGGGCGUUGGCGGAAAUAUUGAUUCUUGAUUGUUACUGUUGUGGUGUAUGUGCUCAAACAGGUUGUUAACGAUGUAGGCGAAGAGUUGGGUAAUGUUGAAAAUUGUCUAGUGUUGAGAAGCAGUUCGUAGUGGAAAAAUGGUGGACAUACUUAGGAGUAACUUUGAAGAGAAAUUGCCGGAGAUAAAAGCUGCACUGAAAAAUGCAAAGUUCAUUGCAAUUGACACGGAAUUCACAGGGUUGUCCGUGUACAAAAAUUACAAGCCAAGUCUGUUUGACACAGGAAGACAGAGAUAUGAAAAAUUAAGAAGAAAUCUUGAAAAAGUAAUUAUUAUACAGAUUGGAUUGUCUGUAUUUUCAUAUGUUCGAGAUGAAAAUAAAUAUGUUGCGAAUAUAUACAGAAUACCUGUUUAUCCCUGCAGUUUUGGUUCAAUAGAUAGUGUUUACCUCACACAGGCAUCAUCUGUCCAUUUCUUGUGUGAGUAUGACUUCGACUUCAAUAAGGUGAUGUAUGAAGGCGUUCCAUAUCUGAAUUUGCGAGAUGAGAAACGGCUGAAGCAAGAAUUGCAGGAAUGUAAAAAUGUGAUUGAUCUCAGAAAUCUGAGUUUCUUGGAAGAAGAAGCAAUAAUUUAUUUGAAGACUGAAAUGGAUAAAGUGGUUGACUGGGUAUCUACAGCUUGCAUUGGAGAUACAUUAUUACUAUCAACCUUUCUAAAAGCAAGAAUGAAGAGACAGCUAGGUUAUUGUCUUCACGUUGAACUGCGGCACAGGUUCAACAACAUUUGGACAUAUGGUGAUGAAGAAGGUAUCAUUGUUAAAAAGAUCGCAACAGAGAAACAUCGCUUAAUGUCUAACAAAGAGAAUAAGGAAAAAUUAGAUGAAGACUUAAUCCACUAUCUGCUUGGUUUCUCCCAUAUUUUCAAAUUGUUAGUUGAACUGAAGAAACCAAUUGUGGGACACAAUUGCCUUUUAGACCUAAUGCUUUUGUACCAGCAGUUCCAUGAUGUUUUGCCAGGGUCUUAUAGCUCAUUUAAGAAGAAAAUGAAUGAGCUGUUUCCAAAUUUGUAUGACACGAAGCACAUUAGUUUCGAACUACAACACAGGCUGGACAGAGAUGUUCUGCCUUCAACAAUACUUUCCGACUUGUACGCAUUUUUUGAGGAAGGGAGAGGCUCUGUGCUAGGAGCGUAUACUCCAACUGUAGAAACAGAGUUUGGUGAUGAUGGUGUUACAAAACAAAUUCAUGAUGCUGCUUGGGAUUCCUACGUUUCUGGAUAUUGUUUUAUUCGAAUGGCUCAUGUUAUUGCUAAUAGAAAGUUUGAAAUAAUAGUACAGCAACCACUAACAAGUGUGGAACAUUUUACAUCCCUGGAAGACUUCAAAAAUAAGAUUAAUGUCAUCCGUUGUGCUGUAUCUCAUAUAUGUCUCAAUGGUCCUGAUCCAGAGUCAAGGAGACCUCAAUGGAUAUAUGUAGAAACAAGAACAAACAGAAAACUAUCUGAAGAUGAGGUUUAUCUUCUCUUUUCUCAAUAUGAUGCUGUUGAUGUUACUCUGUAUUCCAAGAAUUCUGCUCUCGUGGCAAUUGGAAACUCCAGAAGUGCAAGAAUGAUUCGGAAAAAGUUACAAGAAAAUGAAGAGUUCAAAGUUACAAGUUACAGUUUAAUCAGCCAUAACAAACUGCUUCGCUGUGUGCUAUGGAUAUGUGCAGCUUCCACAAGUAUGACAGCAGCAUGGUUUAUCACAAGACAUGCAAUUCUUCGUAACAGAUAAAACCAUAACUCUUGUAUUGUGUAGAUUUGCAGCUUGGGUAGCAAAUGUUUCCACAAAAUGUGUAAACUGGAUGCAGUCACAUUUUUAUUUUUGAACAGUGCAGCACAAUAUGUUCAAUUGCAGACUAGAAAUUUAUUUGUAAGUCUUGUAAUAAUGUAGCCUGUUUCCAGCCCCCCUUUUUUUUAGCUGUACUUCUUAUUACUUAUUUCACUUUUAAAAAAAAGGUACCUAUUUUUACAUCAUUGUAUUUUUGUAGGAUAAGAACAAUAGUGGUCCUGGUCAUUUGAAAUUCCAUUGCAAUUUAGUUUCAUUGUGGAGGGCAUCCGCUACAGUUCCCUUUCUAAAAAUAUAUCUCCUAGCAGUUUGCUGCUUCAGAUUUUAUGAUAUCAGGUCACUUGCUUUUGUACAUGCAUUGUAGCUGAGGUUACUAAUGCAUGCCUGUGUGGUGGUGCUCGGCUCAGAGGUAAGCUGAUUCUAGUCAUAGUGGUGCAUGAAAUGUUUAUUAGCAAUAUUUGGCUGGCAAGAGGAGUAGAAAUAUUGACUGUAAGUUCCUGAUCACUAGUCAUUAUUUAUUAUCGUGUUCAAAACUCUCUCAGGUAGCUUUCUUUCCUUUGUCUCCAGUAGGUGUCCAACAAAACAUAACCAAUCAUUUAAAGGUUUCCGUAAAUAACUGCAACCCAUCACCUUUUGUAAUUCUUUAAUUUUUAUUUACCAUGACUGGUUUCAAACUGCCUAGCAAUUCACCUCCAGAUGGUAUAUAUUUACUAUCUGGUGAUGAAUUGCUGGAAUGUUUGGAGCCUUGUGGGGAGUCAUGCAGCUGUGGCAAAAUAUAAAAAUGAAACAAGUAAGCACUGAAUAUGGCGAGAUCAACUUAACAGUUAUUAGCAUCUGUUGGUUUAUUUCUAGUGCAUGCUUUACUGUGGAGAACAUAAUGUAUGUUAUCCAGUAACAUUAAAUCUGAAGCACUGGACAAACUUUGUCACAACACAAACACCCGCAUAAACCAAAGACAGUGAUUAAAUUUAUGUUCAGAGAAUUUAUAUUGGGCCAGAGACUUACUUUGUGUGUGUGUGUGUGUGUGUGUGUGUGUGUGUGUGUGUGUGUAAGGAUGUAGCCAGGAUUUUGUCAUGGGAGGGGGGAGGAAUCAGAUUUGUCACGGAGGACAUUAAAAGGCUCAUGUUUUUAACCCUUGAGUGGGCGUGCUUGUUUUUCAUAAAACGAGAGGGCACGCAGCGCACUUCGUACACAUGCAAAGAAUAGCUUUCCUUAUGUUACCAAGGUAAGUCAUGUAUGAUCAAAAUCACAGUUUAAUCUUAGUUUAUUUAAACAAGGAGAAAAUAAACUUACAUAAUAUGAGCUAAACUACUGUUUUUUUAAACAGUAAUGGAAUAAAUUUUCACUAUAACUCUCUGUUGCCAGGGACAGGUGUUAAAAGACACAGUAAUGACACAUACGAAGAAGUAAACAGUGCAGUUGCAUCAGAUCUCAGUCAGCUGCUUAUUUGAUCACUAAUUGUCUUGUAGACAACUGCCUCAAUGUGGGAUUAUGUUGCUAGUUCGCAACUGGGGUCAUUUUUUUGAACUGAUCGUAAAUUUUUUCUUGCCUAGCUCACUUUGUGUCUUAUAUUACUGCUGCUCACUUGGACGUACAACAACACAGUUUAUCACUGUGUUACCUGAAACAAUACUGAAGGAGUAGGUAUAGGUUUACAGUUGUGAAACAAAACUCGAAUUGCACAAAAUCAUUUUAUUUUUGGUUGAUGCACUUUUAUACACAGGUGCACCCGCUCGAUGGUUAAUUUAUUGUGAAAAUACAUUUAUUCAUUUUUAUGUUCAUAAUUUUGUGGAGACCUUCAUACAAAUACAUACCAGUAAUACCACACACAUCCGAGCGCGUGCGUACGCACACGCACACACAAUUAAUUUUUUUUUUUAUUUGCCAGUAUGAUAACACUUCACUCUAUUGCCAAGCAAAUUAAACAGAUUAUUCUUCAAAGCCACAUUUUUUUAUAUUCUGGUACACUUUCUUUAGAAACGAGGACUGAUAGACAUCAAACUUUCAGUCUCUCUAGUUAAUAGAGUAAUGAUUAAUCAGAUAAAAAAGGGACCUGGAAUGAUACCAAGAAUAAAUUUACAAGCUUCAAGGUGGUUGAAAAUAUCUGUAAUAUUUUUCUGUUUGAACAAAGAAAAGUAUUACUUGUAAAAUCUGUAAAACACAGUAACCAGUUUUUAUGCGAUUUGAGGAUGGUGUUUCAUCUAUAUUCUGUAAGAGUUUCGGGUCUUUGUCUCUACCAGUUUCUUCAGAAAAUGUACCUGAAGUUUGCUCAUUUUAACAUUGAUUGCUUAUGGGAGUUUCUUCAGGACUGUUUUUGUCCCCCCGCACCCCACCCCAUCUCCCAAAGAAACAAACUGCAAAAAAGUUAGAUGAAAUGUAAAAUAAAUGUUGAGGUUGCAGUGUGGAAAACAAAAUGGAGAAGAGGGUGUGGGAUUGGUGGGAUUCCUUUUUCCUUUGGAACCAGAUGACUUUAUCCUCUAAGGAUCUCUUUGCAGGUAUACUGAUGUCGACCAGCAGGUUCCCCAGAGGCUGAAAUAAAACAAAAGAGGCAGUUUCUGGGGAAAAAGCAGUAUAUACAUGCUAAUAAUGAUGCAUUACAUGUAAUAUCUGUUUUCCACUUUAGAAGCAGUUUAUCAACAUAAGUUCAGUGACUUGCUUGCACAGUCUUUAACUUCUUGGCCAUAGUAAUGCAAUUUCAAAACAUAAAUACUCCGCUGGAACUCACAAUAAUGUAUUCAUCACUGGAGUCUCAAACACAAAUGGGCUAUUUCAUUUUGCAGAAGUCUACACCAGCGUGUAGAGAAUAGUCAAGAGCCAGAGCUACUAUGGGAAUAGAAUCACUGUCAUAAUAUAUAUGCCAAUUUUAGGCUCUCUGAGAAAUAACAUUUUUACACAUAGUGAAUUACAAAACUAUAGGAUCAACGAAGAACAACACAACCAAACAUACAAACAAGCAGAUGCCUAACGUGAGGGCCUUUUUUUAUUGUAAGGAGAGGAAAGAGUAAAAAUUCCAACAGAUAACUUAAUCUUCCUGUGGGUAACACAAUCUAUUAAUGACAACACAUGCAAAUAAAAUGUAAAUGUUAAUUAAUGGCCAUGCGCAGAUCAGUAAUGAUGAAAAAGGAAUCCUAUGUAGUAUUGAUGACUUCAAAGAACAUUCACAACACAGAUCAAUUUGGCAGACACAUGGGCCUUAAAUUCUUUAACAAGUCGCUAAAAACAGCUUGCAUGACUCCCUUACACAAGUACAAGAAAGUUUUAAAAUCUUCGCCAAAAGAGCAAGAAUGUUAGACAGUUGAUGAAAUCAUGGAGAGUGAUUUCCUAGAACUGUGCUUUGGGUAGCUAUGUGUAUCAAUAAAAUUGCAUGUAAUUAUCAUAUAGUUAGAAUUUUGCAUUUAUAUACAUGUGAAUAGAUAUGCGAGUAUAUUGCUCAACUAGCCAUAUGUAAUCGUAAACUGCAAAUGCAUAUAAUUAAUAUGUAUAAGUAUGUAACUGAUAUACAAUUGUAAUUUAGCAUUUAUAUAUGUGUGUGUAAACAAGUAUUCCACUAAUUAUACAGGGUGAGUCAAAAAGGACUUAACAACUUUGGAAUGAUAUAGAAAUUUAUUAAGCUAACUUACAGAAUUAGUAGAUGAGUCAUUUCGUAGAAAGCAGCAUAAACUUUGAUUCACGUAGUGCACCAGUACCCCAUUCCACCUCCAGGAGCGCCUGUGUAGUGCACAGUUAAAAUGGCUACUUCCACUAGUGCGGAGGAUGUUGUCACUGGUAUUGUGUACCUGAAUGUGCUUGAAAACAUUUUUACUUCCACAGAUCGAUGAAGGUGAUCGAGGUAGGAGUUUUACUACUACUACUACUACUACUACCACUACUACUACUACUACUUGCAAGAUGGUGCACCACCUCAUUUCCCCAUAGAACUUCGAGGCUUUCUGGAUAAUCACUUCCCAGGUCGGUGGAUUGGCCGUGAAGGACCAGACACGUGGCUAUCUCGCUCGCCAGACUUCACACCACUGGAUUUCUCUCUCUGGGGCAUGAUUAAAGACUGUGUGUGUGUUUGUCCCAUACCAAACAAUUUAGCUCUACCUGAUAAAUGAAAUCUAUGCUGCUGUUGUGCAAGUUGUGCGGAAUGUGCUGCAACUAGCAUGGGAAGAAGUUGAUUACCAAUGGGAUGUUUGCCGCAUCACAAAUGGUGGUCUCAUUGAACCAAAAUGACACUUCUUGAGAUUAUUUGCUACAAAAUGACACAUCUAGCGAUUCUGUAAGUUAUCUCAGUAAAUUUAUAUGUAUUCUGAAGUUUUAAAAUGUUUCCGACUCAUCGUGUAUAUCGGUGUUAAUAGUGUAUUAGAAGCUGACAUUGUACUCUUACAAAAAUGUGCUUUUAUUUACUCAUAAAGCUCAUUUAUCAAUUGUAUUAACUAACUGUGCUUUACAUGCUGACAAGGCCAAUUGUAUCAAAAUUUACUGAAUGGCCGAUAAUAAACAUUCCAAGGAUAACAUGGUGUGAGAAGCCAGCCAGAAACUUCGCAGUACUUUAAUGAACAAAUACUUAGUAGUUGAUGCUAAAUUCAUGAAAUUGAGAUAUUGAUGUGUAACAAAGAUUGUGGUGUGAAGGAUCAUUAUGUAAAAAUUUGUCUAAUUCAUAUUCUUCUGACUUUUCAGUAUUAUAGCUUUCCUCCUGCGCUUUAAUUCUGCAGCAGGUACAUGUUCAUAACAUUUUCACUGUAGAUCAAAUACUGUGUUCUCCCCUUGAUAACCAUAAAAUGAGCUAAAUACACAAUUAUAUGCAAUACAAAUACAUAAUUGUCUUUUUAACACUUAUCACCUGCAUUGUAUAGAUACUAUGUUUUGAGAGAGCGUCAAACAUAUUUUUAAAAAUGCUCCCUGUUUGUGGAGCAGACAUUUAAAAAAUUAAAAACAAGCAGCAACCCUAAAUAUGUUGAUAAAAUGAUUCAAUAGAUCAUAAUGGAGGUGCCAUGGCAAGGUAGGCCAGAGAGACAAGUAGGCCAGAGAGACAAGAUCGACUGAAUAAGUUA